AUGUUCAGCGUGCUCAGGAUUUCAGAUCCGAGCCUGAGCGCAUCUCAGCAAUCUGACUAUGCACAAAAGUACACCGACCUGCGCAUCACGGCGCUCGAACGCUCCCCCCACGCCUUUUCGACUACGGUUGCGAUCGAGUCGCAGCUCAACACAUCGCAGCGACUAGCACGCCUCCGCGAGCCGCAAAAGACCAUCUUUGUCUGCAUUAGCGACGCCACGGGCGACUGGGUGGGACAGGUGACGCUCAUUGGCCCCAUGACACGAUCAGAGUACGAUGCUUCGUUCCAAAUCCUGCCCGGCACGCAGAGCGCCCAGUCUCCUUCGCUCGAUGACGACCCGAACGGCGCAUACUGGCACAUGACCGCGCUCUACGUCGACGAUAGGAUACGUGGUCGCGGUCUCGCCCGCCUGCUCUGCGACAAGUGCUUCGACUACAUCGGCACCGGUCAGCUGCGCAUCCUCAUCAAGCCCGACAACACAGCGGUCAUUGAGAUGUACAAAUACAUGGGAUUCGAGGUGCUCGAUGCCAAGACGACGCUGUUAGAGGCGAUCCACGCGAGUCGGGACAGCUUCGAUAGGGUGCCGGAAGACGCCAAGACAGAUCCGGCGUACACAACACGGUCGGGCAUUGUCAUGAUCAAACGGCUGCAGAGUUCAUCACAGGCAAGCUGUGAAAAACAGUAG